UUUGGAUCCGCCCCAUACCCCAACUUUUUACCCUACCUUCCUUCUACCCUUUAAAUUGCUGGACUUCCCACGCUCGCCUAAAGAAAGAAACAAGCGAAAGGAGAAACAAAUUUUUCGACCCUCUCUUUGAAAGGGCUCCUUUGAAAAUUUAGGUCAAUCGCCGGUACAUUUUCUCUCCGGCAGUAUGGAUAAUUAUUACAGAAGGAACCAUGUUCCUGCUUUUGGUAGCUGGGAUUGGAACAAUGACCUUCCUUUUACUCAGUGUUUCGAAUCGGCUCGACAAAUCGGAUUGCUCCGUUAUAGCUACGCCGAGGAUCGUGAUUUAUACGUCGCCGGCGAUCUUUACGAGAACGAUGUCGUCACUCCCGCCAUGAUUGUCGUUCCUCGUCAAAGGACAAAAGUAAGACAGUCGCAUGUUAAAGACGGCAAAAAGCAAGACUGGGAGGUCAGUGACGUGAAACAACCGGCACCGGCAGCGAGCCCCAUUCCCAUUUCCAAGCCAACUCCAAAACCCGUUGAUGAAGACCUUUACAAAUUCUCGCCUGACCUACUUUACACCAAAACCAAAAAGAAAAAAGGGUUGAGCUUGUUCUCAUGCUGUUUGGUGCCAAGUUGAUUAUACUGGAGGAUU